UAUAAAUCAAGAUGAAUCUGUUAUUAACAACCUGCUGGACCUUGAAAGUGCCUGUACUGUCUCUGGAAAGGCAAUGAGGAAGACUGAGAGACGUCUCUGCCUGUAGCUACCUCCAAACAUCAACCUCCAAACAUCAUAACCUUCAAAUAUCAACAUCCGAACAUCAACUCUGCUUAGGACUGAAAUCUGAUCAGAAAUCCUACCCUCCAGCAUCAUCAUCAUCCUCAUCACUGUAGAAGGACUGCACUCCUCGUCUCACUCAGGACUAAAGAAUGGCCAGUGAACCCGUCAUCCUAAACGUCUACGACAUGUACUGGAUUAACGAAUACACCUCGACUCUGGGGAUCGGAGUCUUCCACUCAGGAAUACAGAUCUACGGCCGAGAAUUUGCAUACGGAGGUCAUCCUUAUCCUUUCAGCGGAGUGUUUGAGAUCACACCAGGAAAUGCAGCCGAGCUAGGAGAGACUUUCAAAUUCAAAGAGGCGAUUGCUCUGGGUACCACAGAUUUUACUGAGGAAGACAUGGAUAAGAUCAUGGUGGAACUUGGGAAGGAGUUUAAAGGAAACGCUUAUCAUCUAAUGCAUAAAAACUGUAACCACUUCUCGUCUGCGCUGUCUGAGUUGCUGUGUGGCUGUGAGAUCCCGCGCUGGGUAAACCGCUUGGCCUAUUUCAGUUCCUGUGUCCCCUUCUUGCAGAGCUGUUUACCUAAAGAGUGGCUUACCCCCGCCGCCCUGCAGAGCCAUAUCAGCAUGCACCGAGACGAUUCACUCUCACUCACACACCUGCACACACACUCACAUCCAUACAUACACUCACGAUCACACACACACACGCAUGAGUCAAGCUCAAGUGACGAGGAACCAUCGGGGGCUGUGGGAGGCAAAUCACACAGCUGCAGACACACCCGGGUCUGAUGAGUCGUCAAUACAUAUGCACACAUACAUAUAAACACACACAAACAUAUAAACAAACACACACAUUCACACAUAAACACACACACUCCUGAAGAAAAGUGAAAAUUGUACUCCUUUACUCAGUCACUCCUGCAUUUGGACCUUGUUGAAAAAAAGAACAAUACCAUUGUGCUUUUGUACAACCAUUUACUGCGGAGAGUAAAUGAUGGACAGCUCAAACUGACCAAUCACAAGCCACAGUUUAGUCCCUCCCUCUCUGUAGUACUGUAAACUGAAGGGACUGUGGAUUUCUCAAAAACUUUUCCUUUUAGAUUUUAGAAUAUUGUUUAUGUUUUUUAAGGUAAUGAGCUACUUUUAUACUUUCUAAAUAUAAUAACAUAAUAACAGGCUAUUUUAUUUAUUACAAUCAUCCAAAUUGCAGGAUUACUAUAAAACCAGAGCCAUGUAUGAAAGCUCAUUUAAUUUGAUGAUGUCAGAUUGUUUUAUAUUGUAUAUAUAAUGUUUAUAUUUAUAUGUUUUAAUUAAAAUUCCCUUUAAUUUGUAAUAUUUAUACA